CUGCUGCCAUCUCUGCAGGGGAACAACAGGCUCUGUGACAAAGGUUCCCAGACGCUGCCCAGGGGGACCCCAAAUGUUGAGGCAGGGAAGGUAUGGAAGAAAGCUAUGACACAUUUGAAGAGGAGUUAGGGCCACCAAGAGCAGAUCCUCCUCCACUUAAGCCUGUUCGACAGAUCUGCAGACCAGAAAUGUACGUGACAAGGAAAGUCAGAGAGGAAAUGCCUCCAUUUUCACAGCAACCAAGAGCAGAACCCAAGAUUUUACCCAGGGAACCCAGCUUCUCCAGAACAACAUCCUUGCAUAAAGCUGUGUCCAUCCAAAACGUGAACCAGGUUGACAGACCGUGGGAGAACGUCACCCUCAACCGCUGUCUGUUAGUGGCCAUUACCAUCCUGGUGCUCACCUCAGGCUUUCACAGGCUUCAUGAAAGUCUGCGCGGUCAGGGGAGAGCAGAGGAGGAUGAGGAAGUUGAACUGACAGUGAGACGGUCUGGCAUAUUACGACACAGGGGACAACCACCACAGCCCGAGACAACUCUUUGGGACGUCAUGCUUUGGUGGCUGCCAGACCUUGAUGAUGAAGAGGAUGAGGAGGACGAUGAUGACGACGACGGAGAAGUCAAAAGAGGAAAGCCAAAGAGGGGAGCGACAGCACGAGCAUACAGAGGUCUCAGAAACAAGCCACUGCCAGACAAAAAACUCAUGAAACCAAAACGAGGGAAAAUAAAGGACAGGAGGGCCAGGAAAGCCAGGGACGAAGAAAUCAAAGACAAGAAAGAAAGAGAUACAAAGGAGGAACCUAAAGAAGCAGCAGAUGAGGAAGACGAGGAUGAAGGAAUAGAGGAACAGCCAGAGAAGAAUAAAAAGCUGGAGGAAAAGAAAGAGAAGAAAAAGACUCAAAAGGGAUGAGUUCAUUCUUUCUAAAGUGGCAGUGGCCAUGUCAUUUUCUAAAUAAUGUUCACCUGAAUAGAUUCGAUAAUAUUUAUUAAAGGAGGAAAUAUUGAACUCAAUGAAAGAUUUUCUUCUAUUAAAUCUUUCAAAUACCA